AUGAACAUUGCCAUUGCAGACUCUCUGUCGCUUGAUUCAGUGGAGUACGACCCGAUCGCUCACCUGAACCUCCUCUUCUCGCACCCGUCCACCGUCUCGUCGGUCGCUCGCGUCUUGUCGACCAUUCAGCGCCAUAGAGAUGAACUCUCGCAGUCGAUCGCAUCUCUCGAGACGGCCCAGGCCUACGGGCCGGACUCGUCGCUGGAGCGCAUGCAGUCGGCCCAGGCCGAGCUGGCCUCCCUCUUCCAGCGUAUCGAGAGCGUGCGCAGCCGCGCCCUGCAGACGGAGCGCGACAUCACCACCAUGACCGCCGACAUCAAGCGCCUCGAUGGCACAAAGCGCAACCUGACCCUCAGCAUGACGGCCCUGAAGCGGCUGCAGAUGCUGACGACCGCCUACGAGCAGCUGCGUGGCCUCGCCCGGACCCGCCAGUACCGGGAGUGCGCCGGCCUCCUGCAAGCCGUUUUGCAGUUGAUGCGCCACUUCAACAGCUACCGCAGCAUAGAGCAGAUUGCCGUGCUGAGCCGGAACGUGAGCGAGCUACAGCGCGAACUGCUGGAGCAGGUCUGCGAGGACUUCGAGAUAGCCUUCGCCAAGGGAGAGGUGGCCACUCGCCGUGGCGUCUUGGUCGAAGCCUGCUUGGUUAUGGAUGCCCUUGGCGACCACGCCAAGGCGAGGCUGGUGACGUGGUACGUCAACACGGAGCUUCGCGAGUACCGCCAGGUCUUCCGAGGCAACGACGAGGCCGGCAGCCUCGACAACAUCGGGCGACGCUAUGCAUGGUUCAAGCGCAUGCUGAAGACGCACGAGGAGGAGCACGCUGUCAUUUUCCCGCCGCACUGGCGCGUCAGCGAAACUUUGGCCAUGGCCUUCUGCGACGGAACGCGGGAAGACUUCAAGGGAAUCCUCGAGAAGAGCAUGCGCAGGAUUGACGGGACCAAGCUCGACGUGAACCUGUUGCUGAGCUGCUUGCAAGAGACCAUGGACUUUGAGCAGGGCCUGGAACGGAGGUUCGCGAGUGAGCCGCGAGCCAGCAUCGACACUCUGAGCUCGGCAGAUGACCGGAUACAGAAUUUCAACGGUUCCAUAUCCGUUGCCUUCGAGCCAUACUUGAGUCUGUGGGUCGAGUCGCAGGACAGGGCUCUGGCGGCCAUGAUUCCUAAAUACAAGACACAGCCGCUCAUACCCCCAGAUGAAGAGUUUUCACCGCAAGCCGUCAUCCCAUCAGCCAUUGAGCUUUUCCACUUCUACAAGCUAACUCUUUCACAAUGCGCCAAGUUGUCAACAGGAGAGCGGCUGCUUGACCUCAGCAAGACGUUGGCAAAGUACCUCGACGAGUAUGCGCAGCAAGUCCUCGUCGCCUUCCUGCAGCGUGGCGGGCCACAAGGCGUCCCUUUGAAAGACAUCGUUCUUGUCCUGAACACGGCCGACUUCUGGCACACCAACACGAACCAGCUGGAAGAGAGCAUCAAAAAGCGCAUCGACCCCGAUAUGGCAUCCAAGGUGGACCUGUCGUCACAGUCGGACGCUUUCAUGGGCGUCGCUAGUGCGGCCGUCAUGUCCCUUGUAGCCAAGGUCGAGCUAGAUUGCGAAGGCGCGUGGCGCGAGAUGAGGAACACCAACUGGAGCCGCAUGGAGAGCGUCAGCGACCACAGCUCGUACGUCGGUGAGCUUCUCAGGCACGUAAACGGCAAGGCCCAGGAGAUUCUCCCGCUUGUGAUCAAACCACAAUACGCCCGCGCCUUCUGCGACAACCUGGUCGAGCACCUGGCCGUCGCCUACAUCAACAACGUCGUCCAGUGCCGCCCCGUCUGCGAAGUCGGCGCUGAACAGAUGCUCCUGGACAAGUAUGUUCUCACCAAAUCCUUCGAAAACCUCCUCUCCUACCACAACAGCAACGCCGCCGCCACCAUCACCACCAGCAGCAGCAGCACCAUCACCACAGCCGGCCCUUCUUCUUCCGCCCCCUCAACGCCGCAUCACCCACCGCCCGCAGGCUUCGUCAAACGCGUCAACCAAUCCAUGACGCGCAUCGACCCGCUCCUCAAGACGCUGCAGGUACGCCCGUCGCCGCCGGAAGGGCUCGUGCAGGCCUACCUGAUUCACAUCGGCGACCGCUCCGAGACAAACUUCCGCAAGGUCCUCGAGCUCAAGGGCGUGCGCAAGCAGGACCACGCCCACCUACUGGAACUGUUCGCCAUACACCGCGAGAGCGCCUCGGCUUCGGGCGCGAUCCAGUUGAUGGAGAGGUCGCCCCUGCUUACGCCGCUGCUGGCGGGGCCGUCGUUGUCUUCUGCUUCGGCUGCUGGGGGAGGUCUGGUCGGGAGUGCUGGGGUUGUCGGGAACAGCGCUGCUGCCGCGGUAGUUGCGAGUGCAGGGUUGCCGGGCAGGUUUGACGCGGCGGCUCUGGGGGAGAAGUUGUUCAAUGCGGCGAGGGAUGGGGUGGAAAGGAUGGGCACGACAGCGGCGGCGACGCCCGGGUUGGGUGGCAGUGUCGGCGUUGGUGGUGCCCAGGGAGAGAAGGCGACGAUUAACGAGAAUCUGAAGAAUAUUGGCAAGUUCUUUAGGCGGGAUCUUGGUGGGCUGGGGUCGAGGUUUGGCAAGCGGGAUAUUACGCCUACUGGCGGCGUCGAUGGGUGA